CCCAGCCAUUGCAAAGACGCUGCUCCGCGUGACAGCCACGGCUCUGCGCGCUCUCUCCCCCCCCGGUGCUGCCUACAUACGCAUCCAUCCCUCUCUCCACACAUUUGGCAGGUGUUCUGUUCGGUGGUGGAGAGGAGAAGAAAGCGAGAGAAAAAGAAAAGAACACAAGAAGAAGCCGACCGCGUCAUAUCUGUUCACCACAAAGUCUGCGCGCAAAUGGACGAAACGGAUAUCAUGGACUUAACCCAUCAGAAAGCGAGGAAGCGGCCACGUCCAAUCAGUUCUGCGGAUGAGUCCGUGCACGCGUCCCUCAAACGGCUCCCGAUCCGAGCGGCGGCGGCUGAGUGCAGGGAGCCUGCACUCAUGUACGGCGUCAGAGGAGAGCCGGUGCCCGCUGCGUCUCUCAAGCAGAAUGACCACUCGGUGACUCCAUCUCCGAACACAGUGAUGCCUGCGCAGGAUAAUCGCUCCAGCAUGUCCAGGCCCAUGAUCACACGGUCACCAGUGUCUCCAUUGAGUAACCAGGGCAUCCCCACACCUGCACAGCUCACCAAGUCCAAUGCCCCUGUGCACAUCGAUGUGGGCGGACACAUGUACACCAGCAGUCUGGCCACCUUAACGAAAUUCCCAGAAUCCCGAAUUGGUCGCCUCUUUGAUGGCACAGAGCCUAUAGUCCUGGACAGCCUGAAGCAGCACUACUUCAUUGACAGGGAUGGACACAUGUUCCGCUACAUCCUCAACUUCCUCAGGACGUCCAAGCUCCUCAUCCCAGAUGACUUCAAAGACUACAGUCUGCUGUACGAGGAGGCGCGGUACUUCCAGCUGCAGCCCAUGCUCUCAGAGCUGGAGCGUUGGCGUCAGGACCAGGAGCUGAGCCGGGUGUCGCGCCCCUGCGAGUGCUUGGUGGUUCGUGUUGCACCCGACCUGGGCGAAAGGAUCACACUCAGCGGUGACAAGGCCCUGAUCGAAGACGUGUUCCCGGAGAUCGGUGACGUCAUGUGCAACUCUGUCAAUGCCGGCUGGAACCAUGACUCCACGCACGUCAUCCGCUUCCCACUCAAUGGUUACUGCCACCUCAACUCUGUGCAGGUUCUUGAGCGUCUCCAGCAACGUGGCUUCGAGAUCACCGGCUCCUGCGGCGGAGGCGUGGACUCUUCCCAAUUCAGCGAGUACGUCCUGAGGAGGGAACUGAGGAGGACAGGUCAGCGAGGACCCAAUUCAAACAGGAUAAAGCAGGAGCAGCUGGACUAGAAUUCCUCCCAAGCAGUAGGGGGUGCUAGACUUUUCUGUGGCAGCCAAACGCUCGACCGUGCAGAGCUCUGUGGACUCUGUUUUUCUUCGUUUCCUUGUUGAUGUUUUGUUUUCUUAAACUGAGAACCAUCUAGAGAAUUUAAAAAAAGAGAUGCAACAGGAGAUUUUUUUUGCCAUAAGAAGAUACAAGACAUUUGAUAAGUUUGAGAUUGCAAGGACAUAUGUGAUUGUCUAGCCCCCAUAAACCAAUUUAAAUAGGAUUUCUAUUCCCUGGAUCCCCCCAAAAAAGUUUGUUUUAAAACUUGGAACCUACAUUAGGUUGAAUAUGAUUUCUAUUAUACCCAUAUAAAUUAAAACAAAAGGCUAUAUGGCUUAUGUAGUAUGUUGCAUAGCUUUCACCAGUGACUGGUUUUGUUGCCUCACUGGAAAAUUGGCUGUUUGGGAGUGUGUUUUUAUCCCUCGCUGUAAAAAGGUCAUUAAUGUGUUGCUUACAGUACAGAAUGUCUCAGUUGUCAUGAACAGUUUUAAACAAAAAUCUUUUUUCACAAUUUACAUGAUGUUGAAUAUUGUGAUACAAAUGAAGUGUUUUUUUUUACUUAAUGGAAGUUAUUUUAUUGGAUUUUGCCAUAAAACUAAGUUGACAUUAGUAUCAUCAAAAUUUAGCAUCAAAGACCAUUAUUACGCAGUAAAGAAAAAUAAUUUAGUACAUUGUUAUGUCACACCAUUUGCCUCAUCGGGGAGUACGAACGUCUAUCCCCUUGGGAAUUAAUUAAUUGGAUCAUAAUAUUCCUCUGAGUGAUGACCUGUAAAUUUUUUCAUCGUGUACGUGUUUGUGUUUUUUACAUUGAAUCUUUUUAAAACAAAUUUGUUGCCUCAGACAUGACUGAACAGAUUAAAAGCUAAUUGUACUACCCACUCCAAGAUCACUUUUACUUGUAGCACAUAUUGAUAUGACGUUGGAUAUAAAGUAUUUCUAAGAUGACUGACCCACCUACGCUCCCUAGAUUUG